UUGCUCACAUAACCCCCGGCAAUGACCCUGCCCAUUAUCGACGGUGACCCGAGACACAGGAAUACCGGCUGAUUUUUGAGGGCACAUGGCACUCCGCAGGCUGGGUCUCCAGAGCCGGGCGUCCAGCAUUGGAUGGGUCUCUUUGCCAGAUCUAGAGAACUGACUACUGACUGGCCAAGCCAGGCCAGACUUCAAGGCUGCAGCCAACGGACAAGAGUCCUCAUGAGGACUUCUCUUCGUUUCACAGAUGAGUCAUAAAGAAUGUCUCCUGAAAGGUUGGCUGGAUAUGGUGCCCUUGAUCUUGUCACCAGGAUGAAAGAUGCUCUCCGUGGUGCUGAACAAUUUUGCCCUUGUCUUGUGGAUUGAACAUGAGUGAUUCAGGGUAGAGACAUGAUUCAGUUUUAGCUUUCCCACAAGAAAGGUAACCUCUAUCCUCACCUCCAAGCACUAAGUCUCAGGCAAAUGGAAAUUUAAAUGGAUUCAGAAUGAAAUAUGAAGAGGCAAAGUGCUUGUACCAACAUUAUCUAAACUUUCUUUGCUGAAAACGUGAAUUUUCCUCCAGGUUUACAAGGGAGUUAGCAGAGGCAGUUCUGAGUUGUCAGAGGCUACCUCUGGAAUAGUUAUGUCUGUACCCUGUUCAGUUGUCCUGGGUGGAAGCAGGAAGCAGGGCAAACCUAGAGCAGGAACAGGGUGAGGAAGAAAGAUGACGCUGAUAAGGAAGCAGGAAAGCAGAGAAGAUCUGGAGCUCACACCAUUCUCUGACAGCUCAAUGGAAUUCGUUACCAAAAACAAGCACCACCAAGGUUUAGUAUCUUUGUAGUGGCUGUCACUGGGACCAAAAUGGAGAAGGGUUCUGCUGACCCCAGGCCUAAUAACAACCUAAUAACAAUAAUAGCCAUGAGCAUCAGUGUGGGCAGAGGAACCAGAAAAAGAGAUGAAGAUUCAGGGACUGAAGUGGGAGAAGGAACAGAUGAAUGGGCCCAGUCCAAAGCCACGGUUAGACCCCCUGACCAGCUAGAGUUGACUGAUGCGGAGCUAAAGGAGGAGUUCACCCGCAUUCUGACAGCCAACAACCCACAUGCACCCCAGAACAUUGUCAGGUACAGCUUCAAAGAAGGCACAUAUAAGCUUAUUGGUGUUGUGAACCAACUGGCAGUUCACUUCAGCCAGGUCGGGAACCUGAUCCCCAAAGACUCGGACGAAGGACGGCGGCAGCACUACCGGGAUGAGUUAGCAGCAAGUUCUCAGGAGUCCACUAAGGUGGUGAUUUCUGAAACUGAAAUCCUUGAAGAAGAAGAAGAGCUUAAGGAAACAGAAGCUGAAACUGAAGCUGGGAGUCAAACAGAUAUGCCUGUAGCUGAGGUAGCUGAAAAAGUGACUGAAGAAGAAUUGAUGACUCCUAAGCAGCCCAAGGAGCGAAAGCUUACCAACAAGUUCAACUUCAGUGAGAGGGCCUCACAGACCUUAAACAACCCUCUCCGGGACCGAGAAUGCCAGAUGGAACCUCCUCCCAGGACAAACUUUUCAGCCACAGCCAAUCAGUGGGAGAUCUAUGAUGCCUAUGUAGAGGAGCUUGAGAAGCAGGAAAAGACCAAAGAGAAAGAGAAGGCAAAGACACCAGUGGCUAAAAAAAUGGGGAAGAUGGCCAUGAGGAAGAUGACAUCUAUGGAGUCCCAGAGUGAUGACAUCACCAAAGUGACUCAGGCCGCUAAAAUUGUGGAGCGGAUGGUCAACCAGAACACUUAUGAUGAUGUUGCUCAAGAUUUCAAGUACUACGAGGAUGCUGCUGAUGAGUACCGAGACCAGGAGGGUACACUGCUGCCGCUCUGGAAGUUCCAAAACGACAAAGCCAAGCGCCUGGCUGUCACCGCCCUCUGCUGGAAUCCAAAGUACAAUGAUCUAUUUGCAGUGGGACAUGGCUCCUAUGAUUUCAUGAAGCAGAGCCAGGGCAUGCUGCUGCUCUACAGCAUGAAGAACCCCAGCUUCCCUGAAUAUAUCUUCAGCAGCGAGAGCGGCAUCAUGUGUCUCGACAUGCACGUGGACCACCCCUACCUGGUGGUGGUAGGCCACUAUGAUGGUAAUGUGGCCAUUUACAACCUCAAGAAGCCCCACUCCCAGCCCUCCUUCCGCAGCUCAGCCAAGUCUGGCAAACAUACAGACCCUGUGUGGCAGGUGAGCCUGGAACCACGGUGGGAGAAGUGGGUCAGGUGGCAGAAGGAUGACAUGGACAACAACCUCAACUUCUUCUCUGUGUCAUCUGAUGGCAGGAUUGUGUCUUGGACACUCUUGAAGAGUGAGCUGGUUCACACAGAUGUCAUCAAGCUGAAGGCGGAGGGCAGUACCACGGACGGUCUCGAUGGGUUGCAGCUACACACCAUGGAAGCUGGACAGGAGGUAAUGGGAAAACCUGGCACUGCCCUCCUGAGCUUGACUGUUUGCAGACCCUCCCUGUUUAUGCAGAUCCCAGCCGCGUUUGCAGACCCUUUUUCCUGUUCAUGCAGAUCAGGCUGUGGCACCGCCUUUGACUUCCACAAAGAGAUCGACUAUAUGUUCCUAGUGGGCACAGAAGAGGGAAAAAUCUACAAGUGCUCUAAAUCCUACUCCAGCAAAUUCCUCGACACCUAUGAUGCCCACAACAUGGCGGUGGAUGCUGUGUCCUGGAGCCCAUACCACACCAAGGUCUUCAUGUCCUGCAGCUCCGACUGGACAGUGAAGAUCUGGGACCACACCAUCAAGACCCCAAUGUUCAUCUAUGAUCUAAAUUCAGCUGUGGGCGAUGUGGCCUGGGCACCAUACUCUUCUACCGUGUUUGCGGCAGUCACCACCAAUGGGAAGACCCAUGUAUUUGACUUGUCCAUCAACAAGUAUGAGGCCAUCUGCAGCCAGCCCGUGGUGACCAAAAAGAAGAACAAGAUCACCCACGUGCAGUUCAAUCCCAUCCACCCCAUCAUCAUUGUGGGUGAUGACCGUGGGCACGUCAUUUGCCUCAAGCUCUCACCCAACUUGCGCAAGAUGCCGAAGGAAAAGAAGGGGCAGGAGGUACAGAAGGGUCCAGCUGUGGAAAUCGCAAAAUUGGAUAAACUCCUGAACCUGGUGAGGGAAGUGAAAACCAAGACCUGAGUCCCUGUCUCAUUUUUCGAACCCAGUACUUGUAACUCCUGACUGAGGUACCAAAGCCCAGCCUUAGCACCCAGUUUGUGACCCCACCCCUGAUCAGGUCCUAGCAUCUACCAUCAGCACUCUGUUUCAGCCCUGGUCCCAGCGCUUCACCCCUCAACCAUUAUCCUGUCCUACUUUGCACAAAUAAACUUGUGUUUGGAAGCUCA